GUGCGUGUUCGGCAGGUAUGAAUUUCUACCGUCCGUACCAGCGGCUGGUGUCAUAGUAUCGCUUGCCGUGUCGUGUUCAGUCUCUUAUCAGUUCUCAUUCGCGUGCGGUCUGUUGUUCACGAAAUCGAGAGUCCUCUUCCUCCGACGACGUGUUGUUUUCCCGAAGAUAUUAUUAUCGAAUCCGUUUGACGAUAAUCACACACGUCAAAUGAUCACCACGAGUGCCGUUUAGGUUUAUUUUUUUUUCGUACCCGUGGCCGACAUGCCGGUCAAGGUAAAAUGGAAAACCGUUUGCGCUGCGGUAUUGGUGCUGGCCGUCCAACUGGCCACCGGUAUGUUCGUACAGAGACACUGCAAUCAUUUGUACCCCAAGCCAGACGAGGUAAUACACGGAGUGCACAUUGAAUCACCGCACAUAAUGAGAAAAAGAAGUGUGAAUCAGCCGCUGCGAAUUCUUCUCUAUUACGACGAGAGCGUGUACAGACUUACCGAAGAGAAAUUUCAGCUAAUAAAUAAUACCAUACUUCCGGAAGCUGUGCGUUUUUGGGAACAAGCACUCAUGGUUCGCAAAACCGAAAACGUUAUUCGACUCAAUCGAAAAUGUGUAAACAAUCAAGUUUUUUAUCGAAAAGGAGAUCCUCAUCCAUACUGUAAGAACGCGUGUGAAGACCGAACGAUGUGCGGUGAAGUGCAAGUUCCCGAAGACCAUUUAGAGGCGUGUAAGACGUGCAACGCGUCGGGCAUGGACUGCGGCACGGGAACGUCGAAAUCAGGCGUGGGCAUCGAAGGCGCUGACUUCGUGUUCUACGUGAGUGCGAUGGAGACGGAACGGUGCCACAAGGGUCUGACAGUGGCCUACGCGGCCCACUGUCAGCAGGAGUCGGCGCUGGACCGGCCGAUUGCCGGGCACGCCAACCUGUGUCCGGAGAGUAUCAGCACCAAACCGCAGGAGCUCGAGGUCCUUCUGUCCACGGUCAAGCACGAAAUAUUGCACGCGCUCGGUUUCUCCGUGAGCCUGUUCGCAUUUUACCGGGACGCCAACGGAUAUCCGCUGACCGCCAGGGAAGACAACGGCAAGCCCAGGCUCAACGAGAAACUUCAAGCAAGGCAAUGGAGUGAUAAAGUAAUCAAGACGGUGGUAAGACGCAAUUGGACAGUACAUGGUGGCGUGGUCGACAAAGAAGUUCAAAUGAUGGUAACACCUAGAGUCGUAGAAGAAGUUCGAAAACAUUUCAACUGCUCCUAUUUAGAAGGGGCUGAACUGGAAGACCAGGGGGAAGAUGGCACGGCUCUCACGCAUUGGGAAAAAAGAAUUUUUGAGAACGAAGCGAUGACGGGUACUCACACACAGAAUCCAGUAUAUUCUCGAUUGACACUAGCACUGAUGGAAGAUACUGGAUGGUAUAAGGCUAAUUAUUCAUUAGCUCAGGAUCUCAGCUGGGGCAAAAACUUGGGCUGCGAUUUCGUGACAAAAAGCUGCAAACAAUGGAUGGACAUGAAACGUGCCAAAGGCCAGUCUAUUCAUCCAUUUUGUAAUAAAGUGAAAAGAGAUCCUCUAGAAACCGAGUGUACGGAUGAUCGUAGCUCAGUAGCCUUAUGCAACCUAGUCGAACACGUGCAGCCCUUACCAAACUUCUAUCAGAACUUCGAUUACAUUCCACACGUAACAUCCGGUCGUGAAGCAUAUUAUGGAGGAUCUGUAAGUCUCGCGGAUUACUGUCCAUAUAUACAAGAGUUUAUAUGGAGGUCGAAAAGUGUGGUAAUAAGAGGAUCACAUUGUCAGUAUCCAGAAAAUAAUCCACAUCCAGAUAAGAACUUUGCAUUAGAAGUAUACGGAGACAAUUCUAAAUGUUUCGACCAUACUAAUCAGAUGUGGGAAGAACAGACCUGCAAACAAGUUAGACAAUGGCAACACUGGGGCUCUGGAUGUUACGAAUAUAGCUGUCAAAACGGACGACUUCAUAUUGUUGUGUCCAACCACACGUACACGUGCUACUUCCCGGGCCAGGAACUGGUCAUCCGGCUGGUGGCCAACGGUUGGCUGCACAAGGGCGUCAUCGUGUGUCCGGCGUGCGAGGAGCUGUGCGACGGCGGGUCGGACGACAACAAGUGUAAGCCGCCGUCGGACGUGCCACCCACCGCACCGUAUCACCGCGAACAGCUAGCGUGCGGCGGCACGGCCACAGUCUCCGUCACGGCCGCGGCCGCGGUCACCACGGUAACCGUCGCCACGCUGUUACUCAUGAUCUCGACGUGAACAAACAACGAUAUGAUAAUAUAACAUUGUAUUAUGUAUAUCGUCUUUUCCGUUUCUCUCUCACUCUCUCUCUUUCAUCAUCUCACUGUGUCUGUGUCAUCUGUCUCUUCCUAUUUUUUGUUCGUCCCCCUAAUCGUGUGUGUGUGUGUGCGCAUUGUAUAUAUAUAUAUAUAUAAAAUAUUCCGUAUCUGUAUAUAUUACGAAAAAAAAAAAUAGUAAUUUAUGAUCGUCAUCGUAGUUGUCAUCAUCGACAUUCCUCAUAAAUCGUUGCACUUUUCCGGAGCGAUCGAAUUUUAUCGCACUCUGCGUGUCGGUUAUUGCGCUGAACAUCAAUAAAUACAGAUUGACAGCAGCGUUAUUGUGUAUCGAAAACUGUCUUUUUUCCGACCAACAACAACGAAUUACUGUAAUACAAUAAUAUAAUACAACGUCAACACGACGUGCCCAGAAAAAUAUUGUGCCGCAGUCGUGGUGUCGGUAUUUACUAUCAUUUUAUAAUACAUUAUCGAUUUAUUGAUUUUUAUUCGCGAUUUACGAACCAACUGUCAUCAUCCAAAUUGUAUUUACGUUUAUUGAAUUUGCGAUCGCAUGUCCGCGGCUGUUUCACGUACCUAUGUACAUCAUAAUAUACAUUUCAGAUAAAAAAAGGCAUUUAACGAUUUCACUAUUGCAUAAUAAUAUUUCAUGAAUGAACUUGACCAUAGCAUAUAAUAGUUUAAUGUGCAAUGCCUAAACAAAAUAAAUUAUAUGAAUAAUAUAACUGUUAAUGUGGAAAUAUUGACAAUCAAAUUAACAUUUCUCAAAUUCCUACUUAUACGAGCGCAGUGUUCGGUUUUUCGAUGUUUUUAGACGUUAUUUAUUGGCUCGACACCUACAGAGGCUCUUGAAAUUUUUUUUUGAUAACACGAUGUUUUUUUAAAUUUAUUAUGAGGUUACGAUUUUUAAGCCUUUAUUGCAUUCCCGUUUAUUAUUUCUGUGAUAGCUAUGAUUCCAUUUUGUCAUUUUUAGUGGCGUCCUCGGAUUGGAAGUAUACAACAUUUUCGUAAUAUCUGUGGAUAAGGGUCAUGGGCCGAGGAACACUUAAGUACAUUUUGCACCAGAUUAACACUGAAUGCUGCAAUGAUACUCCACUAUUCAAUCGGGAUUUUGGUUUCCCGAUUAGAUUCCCCCCCCCCCCCAUUAGAGGACAUUUAAGAAUGUUGAACAAAUAUUAGGUGCUAGAACCAAUCCUGGUGAUGAAAAUGCUCAUGUAUGGUUAUAAAUGUGAAAUAAAAAGUAAUCCUUAUUUAAUUGUAAUAAGUAUAAUAUGUUAGAAAAAAUAUUGAUAAUACCUAUAGGUACAUUGUGUGUCAUUAUAAUGAUUAUAACUAUUCUCGUAAUUCAUGUAAUAUUUUUAAUUUUUAUAUGAAGCACGUAAAAUAAACUACUUCAUUCAAUACUUAUAUCCCUUCAUUGAUACAGAAUACCCGAGUAGAUAGAUUUUCCCUAUUUUAUCUAUAUUAGUGUUGUCUAAUUAUAUUUAUAUGUAUAUUAAGUAGGUAACAUUAUUAGAUUUUUUUACUAACUCGAUACAAAAAAAUGUACCAGUCAGAGGAGUUAAACAGCUAUAUAAUACUUAGCAAGCUUAGUUAAGCGUAUAACUAUUAUUAUAUUUCCAUUUCAUAAAAAUGCUCUCGACAAAGGAAAAAAAUUGUUUCGUAACUAAAUUGAUAAGCAGUAAUAAAGCUUACAAAGGUUUCUUUUUUGAAAUUUCAAACUAACAAGUAUCAACGAAAAAAACUUUAUCAUUCUUUUUAUUCCGUAAUACAAUAAAAAUUCAGUCGUAAUAAAAAAAAGGUAUCUUUUAUUACUGCCAUGGUCAAAAGAUGAUACGUACUUCUAUCAGCAUUUGCCUUUCGUCUGGCGUAAACAUUCCGACUAUAUUAUUGGGUAGGUAUUAUAUUGUGUAUUUUACUGUUUUCGGGCACUAGUAAAACGGAUGUUAAAAAAUGCUCGAAAAUAAACAAUAAUAUUAUACUAACUUAUUUAUACUGCAAACAAACAUUCCGGACUUCAGGACAUUCAAGUACACCUACUUUCCUACUAUAUAGAUACUGCUUUAAUGGAGUUAAUUAAUUGUUUGGGCGUGUGUAAAUAUUUGAGAUUGAAAUGGAACAUUUUACGCCAUCAUAUUUAAAGAUGACGAUUUUUUUUUACCAGAAAAUCUUCUGUAAUUUUAUCGUCGGUAUCUUUAUAGUAUUGUGUAUAUUCUAUCAUAGUUACCUACCGAUUUGUAUUGUGUAAAAAUAUUAUUAUUUUUUUUUUAAGUACCUAUUGUAUUUACCAAUUUAUAUAAAAUUAUAUAUUAUAUUGUGUUUAUAAGUGUCACUAGACGUUAAGUUGUGAAUAUCCAUUAUUUUUUUUUAUUAGGAUUAGUAUUAUAGUGAUAACGUAAAAUUAAAAAUAACGCAAAUUUACCCAUUAUAUGAUGUCUGGAUGAUUUGCCUCAAAACCACACCCUAACGAGUAUGUUUUGUCAAAAAUUUUUUUUUUUGGCCACUAUACCAGUGUCCGGGUGUUCUAUUGCUAAUUAUUAUUGUUUAUUC